AUGAAGCUGCUGAAAAAGUACAUAGAAAGGGACAAGUCUGGCUGGGUAACGCUCCUCCCUGAAGAAGACGAAGACCUUUGGCAUUGCUACAAUCUUAUUGGACCCGGCGACCAAGUCAGGGCUGGUGCGAUAAGACGUGUAGUGAAUACAUCGUCCACCGGCUCUACGGAUUCCCAGCGCGUUAAACUCACGCUGACUAUCGAGGUCGAGAAAACGUUCUUUAGUCCUUCUGCAACGUCCACCACGGAAUCCACCCCAGGCACAUCCAACCAACCACCACAGAAUGCUCAGCUUCAGUUGUCUGGACGCGUUACAAGUGAGAAUCCACACGUUAAGCUCGGUGCUUUCCAUACGCUUGAUUUGGAGUCGAUGAGGGACUUCAAACUCGGCAAGGGGCCGGAUGGUUGGGAUAGUAUCAAUCUACAGCGAGUUGAGGAGGCUAGUGCGGAAGGUGCUGGCGCAGAAGUUGCUGCUGUACUCGUUGGAGAAGGCAACGCUGCCAUUUGUUUGCUCACCAAUCAUAUGACGGUGGUUAAGCAGCGUAUUGAUGCACAGAUUCCACGUAAACGAAAAGGCAUGUCUUCAGCCCAUGAGAAGGCAACGGAAAAAUUUCAUGAACAGCUCGCAGCUGCAUUCAGUAAACAUAUCCUUCCUCUCAGUACAAACCUUCGCGUUAUUUUAUUCGCAGGUGCUUCAUUUGCCAGAGACUCCUUCGUCAAAACUCUCCUAGACAAUGCACAACACAAUGGCGACAAGAGCAUUCUGACACUUCGACCCAAGUUUUUAAAAGUUAACACUGGCUCAGCGAAUGUACAUGCUCUAAACGAGGCUCUUAAAAGUCCUGAAGUUGCAAACCAGCUGAAAGAUACUAAAUUUGCACGUGAGGGUAUGAUGCUUGAUAAGUUCAAUAAGAUGCUAAUCACUGAUGAGAACCGCGCUUGGUAUGGCCCUGACCACGUCCAGAAAGCUAUAGACAGAGGUGCAGUGGGCACACUUCUAAUCUCUGACUCACUCUUCAGAUCACAAAACGUUGCUGAAAGGAAGCGCUUCGUUAGGAUGGUUGAAGAUGUUAGGGGUUUAGGUGGUACUGAGGUGUUAAUUUUUAGUGCAAUGCACGAAUCAGGACAUAAACUUGAUCUCUUGUCGGGUAUUGCUGCACUGUUGACUUACCCACUCGACAUAGAAAUGGUGGAAUUAGAAGAAGAAAACGAGAAAGCUGAAGAUAAGCAACACUAG